AUGCAAUACCUGCCCGGCCUGUUUGGUGUUGAGCCUGGCCUUUCGGCUAUGGCCAGCGCAGGGUAUAUUCAGAUCACCUUGAUCUGGGUAGUCUAUGCUAUCGCGGUCGCCAUUCUUCUGUCAAUCGCCAGUCUAUUCGUCUAUCUCUACCAGACCCAUCGCGAACGGUCCGUCCUUGUCACGAUUGUCUGCAUCUUUACUAUUACCUGUCUACUCGCGACAGUGCUCCUCCUGCCGGUCGACGUUGCUCUGGUUUCGAGUACGACAAGUUCCAAACAAGGUAGACGGAAAGAUUGGGCGAAUCAAGGCAAAGUCGACAACAUCACAUACACACUGCGCAUUGUUUAUUACCUUCUUUACUCUCUGGAUGCUCUGCUCUGUCUUAUUGUGGUACCGUUCACCUACUUUUGGUAUGAAGAGUAUGACGAGGUUGCGCAAGAAGAGGGAUCGCAGACAUUCGGGUCCAGGUUCUGGGCUGCGUUCAAAUACACCUUGAUCUUCAUCUUCCUUUGUGUCGCCCUAUUCGUGGUCGGCUUCUUCGUUCCAGUUGCUCGUGACAGAGGAGGAGCGCAUUUUGAUCUGGACUUCUUCAAGAACCUGCUCUCAGAAAACCACGGAGAAAGAGCCCUGACCUUUGCACUUGGCCUCCUCAUUACAAUCGGCGUCCUCAUGUACUGCUUCUACACCGCAGCUGGUCUUGCUCUUCUACCACUCACCUUGAUCAAGUCCGCUCCCGGCAUCUCUGCACCAGCCCUGAGCGAAACGACCGCCUCACAAUUGGAGAGCAAUCUUGAACGGCAGAGGCAACUAGAAGGCCGGGCUCAGGGCAACCCAGAGGGCCUGUCCUCCAAAGAUCAGCGAGAGUUGGAUGCAUUAGUUCGGGAAGAGCGCACAUUGCGCCGUCACCAAAGGCUGGCCGCAGAAGCUGCGGGCGAAGACCGGAACAUCUUCUGGAAAAUCUGGAUCAAAAUCGAGGCCGUCUUUCGACCCAUCAAGCUCAUCCUAGGUAUUCUGCUUGUCGUCAUCGUUCUACUCAUUUUCGCCAGUAUGCUUAUUACCGGCAUCGACAAAGCUAAGAACUCGAUCUGCAAGAGACAUUGUGGCUACCUCCUGGCCCGUAUCAAUAUCUUCCAGCCAAUCAACUGGAUUCUGGUCAAGUCGGCCAAGGUCUUCCCGAUUGACUAUAUCAUCUUCCUCUUCCUGGUGAUGCUCUUUUUUAGUGCAAGUAUCAUCGGUAUCGCUACCAUUGGUAUUCGAGUGCUCUGGAUCACGAUUUUCAGAAUCCGCAAGGCACACACAUCUCCUCAAGCACUGCUUAUUGCAACUGUUAUGCUCACCCUCAUGACAUUGGCCAUCAACUACUCCAUUGCAAUGAUGGUCGCUCCACAGUACGCAACCUUCGGGCCGCAGACAUUUUGUGACCAUCCGCCCAAACAUCCUGGUGAACAGCCCGACUGUUCGGACCAUCCACAACACAUUAUCCCGUGCACUGAAAUUAGCGAUAACCCAGCUGCACGAAACGUCUGUACACCAUCGGUGGUGUCCACAUUUCUCAACCGAGUUACGGUGAACUUUCCCUUCUUUGGCGUCGUCGAUUUCUGGGCGCAGUUUGUCUUUUUGGGCAUUUUCCUUCUCGGAUUCGUAGUUUUGCUCUUCCGGACACCGAAACUGUCCGAUCCAGAUGCGGAAGAAGACGACCUCGAGGAAGAAGAGGAGGGGCUCCUCGCCAGUACUGGCCGAAGAUUUGGUGCCACUUGGCAGGAUAUCACAGGGAGAGCCGGCCGCCCUGGAGGACGGGGAACUCGGGACGCUACAGGUGAUGAUUAG